AUGGCAGCUGAACUCUCCAAAGUCGAUUCCGCCACUGGUGAGACUCAUGCUCCAGCAAAGCGACGACAGAGCAGCACCGCGGCAGAUGUCUUCAACAUCAAUGAUCUAGAGAAGGACGGCGUCGAGCUUGCCAUUGCACCAGAAACACAAAAGCUUAACUGGAAGCUGAACACAUCACCAACGUCGAUCGGCGAGCCUGAGGUGCUGAAAAAGCCUCUGGUGAUGCCUAAGGUGAAGAAGAUCGACCUACAUUUUCCACUGGGCCUGGAGGUCACCGCUCGCAACCUCAAAGGUGUUACUAUUAAGGAUGCACUAGAUGCAAUCCACAAGCAGUUCAAGAAAAAGGCCGACGACGAACUCGACGCACCAUAUCUCGCUGGCUUCGAGUGGGAUAGAGAGGAGUGCUACACGCGCUUCAUCGUACAUCAGAAGAAGACAGGCGAGGCACCCAUGACAUCUGGCAAGAAGAAGAACAAGAAGAACGCAGAGGAGGCAUAG